UUUCACUCGCCAACUUGUUCCUGCACGUGAAAUUCCUUGAGUCUUUUGUUCGUGUGUUUGGACCAAACGCGAGGGGUACAUUUGGCACGAUGAUGGCAUCAAAGAUAAAGUCGCCAAGUCACAACUGAAGAAAGAGUGCGUACUGAGACGAGUGAGAUUCAAGUCACUCUUGUGGACAUACUUUUCGCUUCUUUUGCUUGAUUCAGUAACAACACACGGAGUGAGACAGAUGGAAAAGAAGGGGGGCUGCGGGGGUGGGAUAACUGGGAGGAGUUGAGGAAGUAACCGAGCUAACUGUGUGGCAAAACGUUCAACUACUUCUCCGACAACUACAGCAAUAGAGCUGCGGUUGUGGCUCGGGAAAAAAAAAUGUAUUGCGUUGCUCCCAUCCAUGUGGACAUGGAAGGAGAGAAGGAAAGACAGAGGCAGCAGCGUGAGGAGAAGGAGAGUAACGAGGCAGAAGAUGACAGGAGGAGUGAUGACAACUCUGACAAUGAAGAGGAGGAGUAUGAAGGUUCAGAGGUGGCAGCACUGAUGUGGCAGGAAGGCUACGGAGAGAACAGUCUGAGCCUUCCCAUCAUGCAUUGGGAGGCACUGAGCCUGCACAUCGCUGAGCUGGAAAAGCGGGAAGAAGAGAAGAAGGAGAAGACAAAGAGCGGGGUUUCUCUGGAGCGAGGCCGAGGUCCGGUGAGCUCUACAGACCAACGAGCAAGGAGAGCAGAGAGCUGCGAGGACGGCGAUGAUGCCUGCAACAGUCACGUGCUGACACUUACUUCACGCCUGCAGACACAGAUGAAUCUUCAGCUCUGCUUCAUCAACAACAGUGAAAGUGAGGAGGAAGAGGAGGAGGAGGAGAACGAGGGAGAGAUCAGCAGGAAGGAAAGCAGCAAUACACGAAGUGGGACUGUUCAGGUCCAGCCUCCUGCAAAGCCAGAGAAACCAAAAUCCAGAGGCUUCAGGAACACUCUGAGGAACCUACGAGACAGGCUGAGAAAAGACCAUAGUAAUCUGACUGCAGCUUCUAGUGAUCCUGUAUUCCAGAGAAGACAUUUGGAGCACAGUGAUUUACAAAAGUUCAGUAUUAAGGACUUGAAUGCUCUUUCCACAUCUCUCAGCCAGGCAAUACAAGACCUGAGCUCGGAGCUGGUGGGUCUCCUCCAGGUCCGAGACCAGCUGAGGACGGAGCAGGAUGCCAUGCUGCUGGAGGUUCAGGAUCUGACAUCAUUGUGAAGCUGCUCAUCGCUCCCAGCUGAAGUACAGUGUUGAGUCAGUGGGGAGGGGUUUACUUCACAUAAACAUUUGAACAAGUCUCACGGUUUGUGAACAUGAUUUAGACGGUGACGCAAACAUCUGUCCUCCUGCUGUUGGUUUGACCAGCCGGUCCCUCUAAAGAGUGUUACUUUCUGAAAGGACUUGGACAUUCAGUUGCGUAGUAUUUUGCAAUGUUGCUCUCUAUCUUAUAUAUUUAUAAGGAAAAAUUUGUCUUACUAAAGGACAUUGUUAAAGGAGUAAGUAAAAGUUACAGCUCCACCAUGUACAAUGUAAAAGUCAAUCUUAUGUUAAACCCACCAGGACUGAAGAUAAGGGCUCCCGCCUAAAGACACAUUCCUACGAGCUGUCCUGCACUACGUCCUAACCAAAACUCAGAUGCAAAAAUAAGUGAAGAAUUUGUGUGAAUUCAUUUUGCAGGUUAAAAAUACACAUCGAGUCCAAGUCGAACUUGUACGCAUGUGCACUCUGUCCUAUAAAAUUUUCUUUCGGUGCAUCUGUCUGUCAGUGAUGUCUUUAAGCUUCAGCAGUAACAAAAGAAAAAUAACUCUUCAGUUCAGCGAAUCUUGAUGAAUUGAUGAGAGGAUGGUUUGGGGUUAGAUCACAAUCAUAUAUAAUAAUCAUAUCAAUCAUAUAGCAUGUUUCUGUCGAUCACAUUUAACUCAUGUUUUUUGUUACUGAGGUCACCUCAGUCUGUUUUGAUGACUCGCGUUGUUCAUUAUGAGAUGUGGACAAGAAAUUUGGAGAAACAGUCUUGUAGCAUCCUCAGAGAGACGCUGAUUUCUUUGGCCAUUCCCUCACUUCUGAAAACUAAAUGAUUAAAUACACAACAGGUAUGUCUAAGUCUUUGCUUUGAUUUGUGAGAAAGAACAGAUUAAGUAUUUAGCUACUCUGUUUUGUUUUGUUUUGUUUUUUUUCACAUUUAAUUCAAACUUUGUGUGUGAAUAUCUUUAUUCAGUAACACAAAAACUGUUGUGCUGGAGAUGUCUGGUGGUUGAGACGACACAGUCUGAGUUUUCAAGAGCUGCACAUUUUUACUUUUGACAGCUAGACUGGCAGUUUGCCCCUAUUUCCACUUUAUGCUAAGGUGAGAUAAACUGAUCAGACCAAACAAAUUGCUAGACUGUUCUGGUCACGUAGAAGUGACACUGAUUCAGAUCUCAAUUGAGGCUUUCAUUGUAAACUAACAUAUUUCCCAGAACAUAAAAAUGUUCUUGAAAGGGUUGAUAUGAUGAUGAUGAUGAUGAUGAAAGUUUCCUUCAUGUCAGCCUCUCUUGCUGAAAGGUACCCCGUAGAGUUUUUGACCACUAGUAGUGCUAUGGAGCAAUGAUGAUCUGCAGCUCCCAGUUUGUAUGUGUACACAAAAAUCCUUGCAAUGAGUCAGCAGAGGCAAAGAAAAGAACGUGCCUUCUUUUUACGACAAUAUGGCUGUAAAAAUAACAUUUUUAGUAAUAACAUUCAAGUUGGCAACUCCAGUUAUUGAAAAAAUGAUCAGGAUCAUACACUGAAAUUUCAAAAUUUACCUUUCUAGUUUGGAUAUUUUUGUUUUUAACUAGCUGUUGACUUCCCAAAACAGUGAGUGUCACUAUUAGUGAUUACGCAGAAUUGAAUAUAUACAGUAUAAUAUAAAAUAUAAUUUUUUUGUUAAAAUUUUAACAGCCAACUAUAUUAUUCCAGCUUGGUUAUUUGUUGUUCAGCUGUCUCCCUGAAAACGGUCUAACGGUCUUUAAGUUCCACAGUUCAUCAGAAAAUUAGUUGGUUUUGUUUUCUUCUGUGGCACUCUUGUCAAUGUACAGAAAUAGAAAUGUUUACAAUGUUUAGUCUUAAAAGCUCAAAGUGGAACAGCUUCAACAUAACAGAUCUCCUAAUCUGAAAAUGGAGUUAUUUUUCAUUAACACUCAAGCAAUGUUUACAUGUUGCAAUACUUGUUGUUGUCUUUAGCAUCUUUUCUGAAGGCUUAAAGAUGGAUUCCUGUAAAGAAGUUGCCAAUUCUGCCAACUGAACAAUCUAUAUUUUUGUCUGACCUUUGCAGAAAAUGUUGUGUUUUUUUUCUAUUCAUGCAUGUCCUUGUGUGGGCUAAAUGUGAUCUUAUGUACAACAAAAUGGAAAAAAACCAAAUGUGGUUUUUUUUUAGAUAUGUAAGAUAUCUUUUUGUUUGAUCAGUUAACUCUUGGUGCGAUUUUUUAAAUAUUUUUUAAUUAACAAACACUAUACAAAAAGUAAGGCUAGCUGUCAUGAUGACUCAUGAAUCAGUGUAAUAUAUAUAUAUAUAUAUAUAUAUAUAUAUAUAUAUAUAUAUAUAUAUAUAGAUAUAUAUUUCCAGAGCACCAGCUCCAUCAAUACAUGUCAGUAUUGUCAUCCUCACCUCUCCUGCUUUCACUUUCUCUUUUGACAAAAUUCUGCUCUCAUUCACAAAGUGACCACCAAUAAAGCGCAAACACUUGCACAUACUGUAAGUGAAUUAACAGUUAAUCUAGCUAACAUCGUGCUAAUCUUUGUAAAUGUAUGUGUACAAUAAUGGUAUCUUGUCAAACAACAGUUAUUUACCAGCAGAAAAACAUUGCUAAUUUUAGCUUUGUCUUAAUGUUGUAUUACUGUGUGUUUAAAAAAUCUGGUAUUGUGCUUUAUGUUUGGUGUGGUGUCGACCAUUUUCUUUACAUUUUGGUAACAGAUUCUACCUUGAAUAAAAUAUUAGUCUAUUCAGU